ACACCUGAGUCCAGACGUCAGCGCUGCCCAGAGCCGGACAACACUGAUCUCUUGCGUUUUAUUUUUAAAUUAAGAAAAGUCUUAUUCACUAGCCAGACUCAGCCGAUAGAGGAUUUUUCGAAUAUGGUCUGUGGCGGUUUCACCUGUUCCAAAAAUGCGCUUUGUUCCCUGAAUGUGGUUUACAUGCUGGUCGGGCUGCUGCUGAUUGGAGUAGCAGCAUGGGGGAAAGGGUUCGGCUUGGUGUCGAGCAUCCACAUCAUCGGAGGGGUCAUCGCAGUGGGCUUCUUCCUGCUGCUCAUCGCCAUUGUAGGACUCAUCGGAGCAAUACACCACCACCAAGUGAUGCUUUUCUUUUACAUGGUGAUUCUGUUCAUCGUUUUCCUCUUCCAAUUUGGAGUUUCCUGUUCCUGCUUGGCGAUGAACCGCGGACAGCAAGAGGCACUUCUGAACUCUGCCUGGAGAAUAUUGAAAAAUAAAACCAAGACAGACCUGGAGACCCAGCUGAACUGCUGUGGGCUUCUCAAUGUGACUAACAGCCGGGCACAGUUUGAGCUGGAUGUGCAGAACUGCCCAGCUUUAUGCAAAAAGGGCAGUGUGUGUUUCAGCUGUGGGGAUAAGAUGCUGACUCAUGCAACAGAGGCUCUGAAGAUCCUCGGGGGCGUCGGACUCUUCUUCAGCUUCACAGAGAUCCUGGGAGUGUGGCUCGCCGUGCGCUACAGAAACCAGAAGGAUCCACGAGCAAAUCCAAGUGCUUUCCUAUAGUCUGUCCCACAGCUCAAGCUGGAAGACCUGGAUACUUAUGUAUGAAAGGAUGACUUGUAAUACCAAGAAGUGCGACUUGUUGGUAUGUCGACCCAGCCUUGAUUUUGAGUGCCAGAUUUCCUGAUUGCGGCCUGCUAGUUUACCAACUAUGUAACAAGCAAUGAGACAUCUCUGCAUGUGUCCUACGCCUGCACAGUCCAACAGCCUCUCCGCUGAGUUCAUUCCACACACACCAACCAAAUGACUGUGCGGUGUCCAACAGAUAACGUAUAUGCACCUUGAAAUUUUCCUCUUGUCUCUAACGUAGGGCCACCACUUAACGACACAUAUAUUCCUCUGGUCAGUGCUAUCAGUGACGUGUAAAAACUGUCAACCCAAACAUGUUCAAUGUGACGAGAAUGAGGGGGGAAGAGGACACAUACUGGACGUGUGGUGUAAAGGAGUUUUGAAAAUGUGUCUGUUGCAAAUGCCGCAAUUGAACAGGUUUAAGAUGUUAGGUAGAUUUUAGGUAAUGUAGUUGCUAGUCAUUCGGGUUCAAAUAUUUAUGAACUGUAACUGAGCCAACUUAACUUUUAACAGUCAGAGAUAUUAGGAUGCCAACGGACUGCAGCCUUGAUGUUGUACAUAAUCUUUAAAUACUGUAGUUCACGGAAAUCAUCCUCGGUGGGUUUGCCAUGUGUCCUACGCCCCUCCAGCUUGGAGGUUUGCCUGCAUAGUUGAGGCCUUUUGAAGGCCACAAUAACUCACCUUUCCUGUAUUUAACAUGUUCCUUUGUGUCGCACAGUGAUGUUGCUUAGAAUAGAUUCUGGUACAAAAAAAAAAAAAAAGUGGGUU